AUGAUAAAUUCAACAUCUUCUCCGAUCACCGUGAGCAGAGCAGCGGCUGACUCUUCCAUGAUUUCCUCCAUGUUAUCUGGGGAAAGCAGAGGCAGAAGAUUGUUUUUGUCCCCUUCACAGGAAUCCAGCAGUGGCUCUACGACUAGUAGAUCAAACUCCAUGGAAACAUCAUGGUCCCUCACAGAGGACAAUCUAAUGAAUGGGUUCAACCAGGAACAUUUGAACUUUUCACACUCUCUAGCCUCCUAUUUUUCCUUUACUUCCCCCUUGCACGCUUCCACCAUCCAUGCUAAUAAUGUGAGCAGUAGUACAAUAGAAACCAACAUUGUGGACGUGGAAACUCCCCCACGACAACCUGCCUCUUCUCGGCAUGCACUGGAUCCUGUCUUUGAAUUUGGUGAAGCAGAGUUUCCUCCUUUAGCUAAUACCAAUGAUACCAGUACCGGUACCACCAAUGCCGAGAGUAGAAAUAAUAACAAUCACAACCAGGAAAAGGAGAGUGCCGUCACAACCUUUCUUUUUGGGUGUGUCUUGCUGCUAAUCGGAGGCCUUAUUGCUGGGGGAAUCAGCAUGUUGGUCAACGGUGCACGAGGUUCAGGGGUCUUGGGGGUCCGGUUGGGUUAUUCGUCGGCAGACGAUCCUGAUAGUCUAGGUAGCAGCAGCAGCGAUAGUUUCGACGGCCUGGCAGAGGAUCACUUGCUUCCUCUGCGCAACGUGAGUGACAAUAAAAUUAUUGGUGACGAUGAUUUGAGAUGGGAUGACUGUCAAGAAGAAAACCAAUACCGAGACUAUUUGCUGCAAAAAAUGGUCCGCAGAUUCACCAACAGAACGGCUCUGCGCAUUGCUGGAAGUCCACAGCACAGGGCAUUCCAAUGGCUCGUGGAAACCGAUUCGCCCACCUUGUGCCCUUCGCACUGGGACGAAGCCUCCAUUGUCCAAAGAUAUCUUUUGGCUGUCUUUUACUACAGCACCCAAGGCAAAGGCUGGCAACUAUGCAGCGCUCCCGAGUACUUUUUCUCGGACCGCAAUGUCGAAGAUGCCAACAAUCGUUGCAAAUCUUUGGAGUCCCUAUCAAACUUUGAGAAGGAUCUCGCCACUGUCAGCCGAAGCUCAGACGUUACAUCCUCCAAUGUUUCCGGCAUUGCACUGGCUUGGUUGACGGGUGCAUCUGAAUGUCACUGGGGCGGGGUCACCUGUGACGAUCAGGAUCGAGUUGUGGGGAUUGGAGUUGAAAACAACGAUCUCGCUGGUACCCUCCCAGCCGAACUGCAACAUUUGUCAGACCUUCGAUCACUGAAACUCCCCGUGGGCAAGAUCUCUGGGCCUUUGCCAUCAGAGCUGGGAAACCUGGCCAUGCUGGAAGCACUGAGCCUUGAAUUCAACAUGAUCCGAGGCUCCAUCCCAACCGAAAUCUAUAGUCUUGGCAACUUGACGUCUCUCAACCUUAGCAACAACAUGCUGACCGGAAGUAUCUCCCCACAUAUUCAAGACUUACACGAGCUCUCUGAACUUCGGUUGGACAAUAACUUCCUGGUGGGAUCCAUACCCGUGGAACUCGCAAGCCUCCCCCAUUUAAACGCCGUGUCCCUGCAAUUCAACGAUGUUAUUGGCCCUGUCCCUCUGGAGCUUUGCGUGGGUCCAUCGCCAUUAGCAGAACUGACUCUGGACUGUCACAGUUCACAAGACUUGGAUUGCCCCUGCUGCUCCUUUUGUUUUUGA